GGUUGGGGCGUUUUUUCGCGCUGCCGCUCUGCCCUUCUCCGGCUGCUGCCGCCGCUCUUGAUGUUCUGAGACAGAAGGGAGGGGAGCGGUGGCGGCCGCUGGACCUUCUCCCUUUUCCUCUCUCGCUCUUCUAUCAUCUUGGCUUGGCCCCCGGCUUGGGGAGGGGGGAGCGCCUUCUCCGCCAUGGCCACCAGCACCACAGGCUCCACGCUGCUGCAGCCGCUCAGCAACGCCAUUCGGCUACCCAUAGACCAGGUCAAUUUUGUAGUAUGCCAACUGUUUGCCUUGCUGGCUGCUGUGUGGUUUCGAACUUACCUUCAUUCAAGCAAAACUAGUCCAUUCAUAAGGCAUGUUGUUGCCACACUCUUGGGCCUUUAUCUUGCACUUUUUUGUUUUGGAUGGUAUGCCUUACAUUUUGUUAUACAAAGUGGAAUUUCAUACUAUAUCAUGAUCAUUAUAGGAGUGGAAAAUAUGCACAAAUAUUGUUUUGUUUUUGCUUUGGGAUACCUCACUGUGUGCCAAAUUUCUAGAGUUUAUAUAUUUGACUAUGGACAAUAUUCUGCUGAUUUUUCGGGCCCAAUGAUGAUAAUUACACAGAAAAUUACAAGUUUGGCGUACGAAAUUCAUGAUGGAAUGUUCCGAAAAGAGGAAGAACUGUCGCCCUCACAGCGAUGCUUAGCCGUGAGACACAUGCCAAGUCUACUGGAAUAUUUAAGUUACAACUGUAAUUUCAUGGGUAUCCUGGCAGGCCCAUUAUGCUCUUAUAAAGACUAUAUUACUUUCAUUGAAGGCAGAUCAUAUCAACUGACACAGUCGGAAGCAAAUGGGAAAGAAGAAAUAAAAUAUGAACAAACGGACCCCUCCCCAAAUAUAGCCGUGGCGCAGAAACUUGUAGUGUGUGGACUAUCCUUAUUAUUUCAUAUGACUGUUAGCAAAACUUUCCCUGUAGAAUACAACAUUGAUGACCAAUUCAGAGCAACUGCAUCAUUUCCUACAAAGAUUAUCUACCUAUAUCUGUCACUAAUGGCUGCCAGGCCGAAGUAUUAUUUUGCAUGGACUUUGGCAGAGGCAAUUAAUAAUGCAGCUGGAUUUGGCUUUAGAGGCUAUGAUAAAAAUGGAGUCCCACACUGGGAUUUGAUUUCAAAUCUACGUAUUCUACAUAUAGAGUUUUCAACAAGUUUCAAGAUGUUUCUUGAUAACUGGAAUAUUCAGACAGCACUUUGGCUCAAAAGAGUAUGCUAUGAGCGAGCCUCUUUCAGUCCAACAAUACAAACCUUUAUCUUAUCAGCCAUUUGGCAUGGGGUAUAUCCUGGAUAUUAUUUAACUUUCUUAACAGGGGUACUAAUGACACUUGCAGCACGAAUGAUUAGAAAGAACAUUAGAAAUUAUUUUCUUGAUUCUCCAGCCAUUAAGUUAUGUUAUGAUAUCAUGACAUGGAUCACAACUCAAAUAGCAAUAAGUUACACAGUUGUGCCAUUUGUACUCCUCUCUAUAAAACCCUCCUACGUAUUUUACAGUUCCUGGUAUUUCUCCCUCCAUAUUGCCUGCAUUUUAGUGCUGAUGUUUCCAAGGAAAAGAACUCAAAAACGAAAUAAAGAGCAAGAAAGCAUCCAGCCUUCAUGGUUCAAACAGCAAGAAGAAGGAAAAGAAAAAAGAAUUACGGGACAUAAUAGUUAUUCUGUGACAAAUAGCUUCGAUCAAAGAAGAGAAAUCACAUCCAGAAAUACAGCAACAAAACAAUGAUUACAGAUGCUAUAGAUGCUAUAUUUUAUAUUUUCAAGACUAUUUAUAGCACCUUUUAAAAGGGGGGUUAUAUUUGUCUGAAAGGAUGGUUAGUAAGAAAAGAAUGCUAUAUCUCUAGGGAAUAUACUAGUAAGAUGAAAGCAAAGCUAAUUAACCACUCCCGUGCCAUGUUCCUGUGGAUCACGCCUUAUAU